AUGGGUGCUCCCGUAUCAGAAGUGGCCAUCAUUCCCCUUGUGAAAGGUGCCGAUCCACGUGUUGAGAAUAGCGAGGCAGCAAAGACCCUCAACAGAUCAAUCCAGCACACACUUGUGCAGCCCGGAUACCAGCGCAUGGUAUGGGGUUUGGACAAAAAUGACCCUACCGUGAUGAUUAUGAUUGUUGAUUGGGAUGAUUUGCAGUCUCAUCUCAACUUCAUGACUGCUCCGCAUUACCAAUCCUUCAUGAACGACUUCAAUACAAUUGUUGCUGGAGCGGUUACUUUGUUCCACACAACCUACGAGGAAGGGGUUGGCAUCAUGCCUCUGGUCGAGCUCAAUGAUUACAUGGCCGAUGUUUACUUUGCUUUCUUCCCUGCACGAUCCUUGACCCAAGACUUCCAAGAUGAUUUCUCCCGAGUCUCUCGGACUGUGAACACAGAUCUUCUCGGGUCUAACGAUACGUCCUUGAGUAUUGCUAGUGGCUGGUGCAUUGAUGAUACGUUGGACGAAGAGCGCCCCGGGAAAGGACCAGAGAGACCGUGGAUGUCGAUUGUGACAUGGAAGAACGCAGAAAUCCGACAGAGGGCAUGGGAUCGUAAUGCUGUUCUGGGUGGUAUCCCGCAGCUCGUUGAAGGAAAGGGAGAGUUGGAAAUCUACGAGGUCGAGUUUCAGCCGUCAAACCAAGGCCCCCUGAAGGAUGACUUUGGAGAGUAUACGAUUGUUGCUCAAAAGUUGUUCAGCAGUAUGAGUCCAAGGAAAAGUUGGUACUGCAAACAUCAAUAUGACCGCGAGGGUGAAAAUGAAUGUUAUCAUUAUGUCCAUUUGGAUGGCCGGUACUACUCUAAAAACCCGGAUGGAAGCAUAGAGACCAUAAACCCUAUAUUGAAGGAAGCUUUCUAUACUUUACCUGGAACUAUACCAGGAGGCGAACGUAUCCCGAUAGAUUACUCAGAUGAAGUCGAUUGGGAGAGUCUGAGUGAGAUACCUGACCCUUGCAUCGCAAGAGCCUCUGAAAUCGAUGAACGGCUGGGGGAAUUCAUGCAGGAAAUCCAGAGACAUGCAGAGACGACCGUUGCCAAUGAUCAGUGCAAAAGAUUGAAGAAUUGGGAAAAGAUGUUGGAAGGAAAGGAAAAUUCCGAUAUGGUCACCGAGAAUGAGGCCGAAGAGACCGAGAAUGAGAGCGAGCACGAGAGCGAAGAUGAGACAGAAAAUCACACAGAGGAUGAGACCGGGGAAGUAUCCAUCGGCGAGCCCAUGAAUCCAGAGGAGACGGAGGGUAGAUCUCUUGAAAACCGGAAGGCCAACGAAAUGGAUGGCAGCGAGGACGAGACCAUCAGGACCCCACCCCCGAACAGGGGAAACAUGAAUAAGAGACGCGAACCUAUGCGUACUGAGCAAGACGCUAACAAGAGGAAGCGAGAGCGCCGUAGAAAUGCCAAAAGAGCAAAACAGGGGAUGGAAGAGAGGACAUCAGAAUCCUAG